UUCAGGCCCGGAAAUACAAAUCCCCCAAAUCCCCCAAAGUCACACCCUUACCGUACGUUUUCCUCUCUCUUCAAUUCAUCGGAUGCUUUUUACAGGUGCUACAGCUUCAAUUUAGGGUUUUAUUUGAGCUGAUUCCCUGUUGAAAUUAUCAAUUUGAACCACAAUUUUUGCGAAUUAACAAUAUUUCACUCGAGAAUUUUUGAUAUAGGGUUUCUGAAUUGAUUUUGCCGUGAACUGUUCAAAUUAAAUGGCAAAUUUCAAAAUCCGUGAAUUUUGAUUUUUGAUUAAAGAGAAGAGUCUAGGUUUGAUUUAUGGCUCGAAGUGUUUCGCGUUCGCCGUCUCACCGGCGGCGAUAUUCUCCGUCACCUGUCAGUCACCGCCAUAGCCGCCGUAGCAGGAGGGAUCGCACCCGUUCUCCUCAUAGCCGGCGGAGAAGCCGAUCAAGCUCCCCACGUCGUCGUAGAAGCCGUUCUCCUGUAAGGCGUCGUAAGAGCCGUUCUCCAAUAGCACGGCACUACAGGAGAAGAAGAAGUAAGAGUUCAUCUGUGUCUCCUUCACGCAAGUCGCGCAGUCCGAGUGUACCAUCAGCUGAGCGCAAGGAGGCCAUAAAGAAACAGAAGAAGGAAGAAGAAGAAAAGAAAAGGAUCCAACAGGAAAUACAGCUAAAAUUAUUAGAAGAAGAGACGGCAAAUAGGAUUGAAGAAGCAAUACGCAAGAAUGUCGAAGAGAAGUUGAAUUCAGAAGAAAUUAAGUUGGAAAUCGAAAGGCGAAAAGAGGAAGGCCAGAAGAAAUUGUAUGAUGAUGUAGCUGCUAAGCUUAAGAAAGAGAAGGAAAUGGCUCUCACGGAGGCACGGCAGAAAGAAGAACAAGCACGGAGAGAGAGAGAGGAGCUCGAUAAAAUGCUUGAAGAAAAUCGGAGGAGAGUAGAAGAGGCUCAGAGAAGAGAAGCUCAAGAACUCCAGCUGAAAUUGGAGGAACGCCAGCGAGAACUGGAGUUGAUUCAGCGACAGAAGGAAGAAGCUGCAAGAAGAAAGAAACUGGAAGAAGAAGAGGAGCGAGCCAAUCAGAUACUGUUGGCUAAAAAUAGAUCCCGGCCUAAAGCAUCUUCUGCCAUUGGCCUGUAAUAAUCUGUCUGCAAAAUUGUUGUUAAAAUAUGUUCAGUAAUAUUUGAAGUGGUAGCUUCUUAGGUCAAGAAGAGUGUUUGAUUGUACUACCAUGUUACUGAAAGCUUAAUUAAUGCCAAUUAGGGUGUUUGCUGCUGUUUA